AUGACUCUCCAGAAUUGGCAAGUUGACCUAGCUGAGAAAGGUUACGCUGUUAUCCCUGAUGUACUGACUCCAGAUGAAUGUUUGAGCCUUGAAAAUGGCUUUUGGAACUUUUGGAGGAGACUUUCCGGUGGACUUUUGAAGAAGGAGGAUUCUGAAACAUGGAGAAUCAUUUAUGAUUUCUUUCCUUUGCAUGGCAUGCUGUCGCAGCACUUUUCGAUUGGCCAUAUGCAGGAAAUAUGGAAUGUGCGCUCCCAUGAACGUGUAAAGAGUGUAUUCGAGACAAUCUGGGGCACUGACGAUCUAGUAGUAUCAUUCGAUGGUGCAUCGACAGGCUUUGCACCAGAAGUGACAGGCCGUGGAUGGCAUCGAAAGGACUGGUUGCACAUCGACCAAAGUCCUCAUCGAAGUGAUUUCGAAUGCAUUCAAGCGUGGGUAACAGCAGAGGAGGUGGGAACUGGAGAUGGCACACUCAUGGUGCUUGAGGGUUCGCACAAACUUCAUGCCGAGUUCGCAAAGCACUUCGGCUUGAAGAAAGACAAAGCUUACCGAUCGGAUUGGCUCAAACUGACACCUGAGCAAAAUCAAUGGUAUAGAGAUCAAGGGUGCGCGGAGCUUGCUAUCGAAUGUCCCAAGGGAUCCAUGGUUUUAUGGGAUAGUCGAACAGUUCAUGCUGGUCGAUCACCUUUGAAAGGGAGAGCUACUCCUCGCAACCGCUUCGUGGCAUACGUAUGCAUGAUGCCAGCAAGUCGUAUGCAACCAAUUGAAUGGAAUAAGAAACAGAGGGCGUGCCUAGAAGGAAGAGUAACCAAUCACUGGGCUGCCAGUCGCGUCAAACUGUUUCCAAAGAGUCCCCGCACCUAUGGGAAACCACUUCCUGUUAUUCCAAACUAUGAGCCGCCCCAUUUGACACAUGAGCAGGCGCGGCUUGCAGGUUGGCCUAAUCCAGAAGAGUGCCCUCUCACUAUUGAGGAUCGCGAGGAGCGUCUCCGGGGAGUUGAGUUGGCAUUGAGGGAGAUGGAUGUGGGAAAAAAGAGGAGCAAGCGAAAGCUUCCUUCAUAG